AUGAAUGGGGGCCACUGCAGAGCGCCUGAUGCUGAGAACCGCACACUUACAUCCUGCUCCCUGGAGAAGAUGUGCUCCUGGAUGCUAAGCUGUUGCUUAGCCCUUCAGCACCUGGCUGUGCAGGCCUCCUUGCUCUGCGUCUUCCACCUCCUCCUGCUGCCCUCUCUGCCUGAGGAGCCACCCCACGCCCAGGCCACCAGCGAGCUGCUGGCACGCAGCCUCUUUGCCUGCGGCAUCUCCACGGUGCUGCAGACCACCCUGGGGAGCCGGCUGCCAUUGAUUCAGAUCCCAUCCUUCGAGUACCUGGUCCCUGCCAUGGUGCUGAGCUCCCACCCGUCCCUCAGUGCCAGCACAGACAGGAACGGCACGGCUGUGAGCAGUGCGUGCCCUGCGCCGCACUGUGCUGUUGUGGGGAGCCGGGCUGCCUCACUGCGAGAGGUCUCUGGAGCCGUGCUGGUCUCUGGGCUGAUUCAGUUGGUGCUGGGAGUGUCUGGCGUGUGUGGGUGGGCAGCCCGGCGCUGUGGGCCCAUGGUCCUGGCCCCCAGCCUCUCCAUCAUUGGGCUGUCUGCAUACAAGGAGGCCGCUUUCUUCUGCUCCACUAACUGGGGGGUAGCACUGCUGCUCAUGCUCCUUGCUGUCACCUUCUCCCAGCACCUGGGGUCCUGCCGCCUGCCUUUCUGUGCCUGGUCCCAGGCUCAGGGGAGCUCCACGGAGCCAUCCGUCCCUACCUUCCGCACAUUCUCGGUACUGCUCCCAUUCGCUGGUGUCUGCAUUGUCUGUGCCGUCCUCAGCCAUCUCCACAUCCCCUGGGAAACGCUGGACCCAGCCAUGGCACAGCUGUCCUGGGCCAACAGCACCUUCCGUGCUCCUUGGCUCCGCAUCCCCUAUGCAGGUGAGUGGGGGUGGCCACUGCUCACCCCCCGCGCACUGGCAGUGGGCAUUGCCAUGGCCAUCGGUUGCAGCAUGAACUCAGUGGGCUGCUAUGUGCUGUGCGGGAGGCUUCUGCGAGCCCCCCGGCUGUCCCCUUAUGCCUGCAACCGAGGGCUGUGCACGGAAGGGCUGGGCAGCCUCCUGGCAGGGCUGCUGGGCACCCCAGGGGGCUCUGCUGCCAGCAUCGCCAACGCCUGCACCACCAGCCUCACACAGGCUGGCUCUCGCGUCUCGGUGCAAAUAAGCGCGCUGGUGUGCGUGGUGUUGGGCUUGUCCCCAAGGCUGGUAGGGCUCCUCACCCGCAUCCCCCUGGCUCUUCACGGUGGAGUGCUCUGCAUCACCUACGCCGUGGCUGUGGGCACAGGGAUCUCCUACUUUCAGUACGCAGACAUCGACUCAGGGAGGAACACCUUCAUCGUCGGCUUCGCCAUGUUCAUGGCACUGCUGGUGCCGUGGUGGCUUGGUGCGGCUCCAGCUCACUUGGCCACAGGCUGGGUGCCCCUGGACCUCCUCUUCCUCUCCCUGCUCAUGGUGCCUGUUUUCUUGACUGGCUUCUUGUCCUUUUUCCUGGAGAACACAGUCUCAGGAACCCUGGAGGAGCGAGGGCUGCUCUCUGACUUGGUGCUGCAGAAACCUGGGGCAGGCUAUCACCACCCUCAUGGAGAGACGGGCGAAGCCAGCCAGGUGUAUGGGCUCCCUGCCUGGCUGAGGAGGCUGCUGCCAUGCUUGUGCAAAGCCUUCCCCUGCUGCUUCCUCUGCCCGGGGAGCGAGGAAGAGGAGGAGAAGGAAGAGGAAGAAGAUGAAGACAGCCAUGUCCCCGAGGAGGGCACUGCUGCCCCAGGGGAAGGGACACACCUGCUCUCCAAACCCAGCUCAGGGGAGUCACAGCUGGCCAGGAGGCCAAGUGAGACAGAGGUGCCUGCGUGGCACACUGUGGCCUGA